UGUAAUGAUGUACAUAUGUGUACUUGGUACGUGAAUUGUUGUCGGUACGUGUGGAUAUACCUGAAGGACUACGCUGAUAUAAUUUGAUGUAGCAAGAUUUAGUUCACCGACAAGUCUCCAUUAUGGAUGCGCAUCAGCUAAAACAAUUGGCCUGUAUAACUAUUGACGCAGCGGCCGGUGAUCUCAACGAGCUUAGUCAACAAAUAUGGAGUCAUCCUGAAACUGCAGAUCAAGAAUAUUUUGCUCAUGAUGUGUUGACCAGAUUUUUGAAGGAUCAUGGCUUUGAACGAGUGGACAAAAAGUACCAGCUUGAAACAGCAUUUAGAGCCACGUAUGGCGAUUCAGAUUCUGAGAAACCACAUGUGGGACUUCUAUGUGAAUAUGAUGCACUUCCGGAUAUAGGACACGCAUGUGGUCAUAACUUGAUUGCCGAAGUUGGCAUAGCAGCGGGUCUGGCAUUAAAGGCAGUACUCUCACAAAACCCAAGUCUUGGAAAAAUGACCAUUCUUGGAACUCCGGCUGAGGAGGAGAAUGGUGGCAAGGUGAGGCUGCUGAAAGCUGGAGCAUUUGAAGGCAUUGAUUUCGCAAUGAUGGCUCAUCCGUCCAAGUACGAGCUGCUCAAGCCAAACUACGUCGCGCGCAAAGAGAUCAACUUUAAGUACACAGGGAGGGAGUCACACGCAGCGGAAUGGCCAUGGGAAGGAAUUAAUGCUCUAGACGCCGCAGUGCUUUGCUACCAGAGUAUAUCCUGUCUCCGACAGCAGAUGGUGCCAGGCUGGAUGGUUCAUGGCGUUAUUUCAAACGGAGGACAACGCCCAAAUAUCAUCCCCGGAAACUCUCAAGUAGACUACUACAUACGCUGUCCUACCUCGACUGAACUGAAGGUAUUCGAGGAAAAGGUGUUGAAGUGUGCCGAGGGGGCUGCCAGUGCUACCAGCUGUAAGCUGGAAGUCAUCCAAGGUGAGGAGUACACGUCUCUGAUGACCAACGAGACAAUGAUCGACCUGUACGAGAAAAACGGAACCUCUCUCGGUAUAGAAUUUGAAAGGAGAGAGAAGAUAACAAAGAAGUUGGGAGGCUCGUCAGAUAUGUCAGAUGUAUCCCAUGCAGUUCCCUCGAUCCAUCCAGAAUUCCGUAUAGGAACAGACUUUAACAGUCAUACCCAGGAAUUCGCACCUGCAUCAGGGAGUGCCGAGGCACAAACGAACACGCUGAAAGUGGCUAAAUCUCUGGCUAUGACUGCGAUAGACAUCAUGCUUGACCACAGCCUCAUGUCAAAAAUCCGCAAGGACUUCGAGGAUGCCCGAGAACGCGAGAAAAACGCGGACAAAAUAUAACACAUGGAUCUCGUUAUUUAUCGCUUUAUUGAGUUUCACACUGUCGGGGUUUUUCAAAGAAUCUUGUUAACAUUUAUGGUAAAGUGUUCGGAAAAAGUUGAUAGUGUCACUAAAAUUAGUAAAAUAUAUCCUUUUUUAAUCUUCAGAGUUAAAAGUUGAACAGACACAAUAGAAUAAAAGCAGGAGUAAAGUUUUGA